AUGUGCCUCUCCCACCGUGCUGUGUAUCCGGAAAGUACCACCCGCGCACACGGCAACACUAAACCGAGGAGUCGGCCGAAGAGGGGGUAAUCCCCAACCUGAGGAAAAUUGAAAAGCCACCGAGGCUAAUUUUAGGUAUUAAUUUGCCAACUCAAGGUGUUUUGGAAUUAUGUUCUUGUUUAGUAUUUAGAUAUUAUGAACUUGAUCCUUUGCCUCUUGCUUAUCAUGCUCCAGAUAACACGGUAGCGAUCAGAGAGAAACCGGGGCAAUCACAAGAUAUCACUGAGGUGAGGCUUCUUUGUUGUGGGUGGAAUUGACGCGUAUAUUGUAACAUCGCCUCUCCUGCUCUUCUCAGUCGUCGUCAGCAGUGAGGGCGCAGAGGAAAACGCCAAGCCAGCUUACAAGGACCUUCGGCUGACUAAGGGGUAGUUUCAGGAUCAACGUGUUUGACUGGUGCCUUGGAGCAGCGACGGAUACCAUCAGAGUUUCCCCCCUCAUUAUCUUCCGCUCCACCACUCGACUCCAUUUCUACAACUUCGCCGUGCGCUGAGAGGCCUUUUAUCCUGGCGGCUACUCAUCUCUUGCCCUUUGCUCGAGAACAAAUCUGCUUUAAACUGCGAGAGGCUGAGCCCCUCUUCUCCCCCAACUCGAGCUCAUGGUGAGUAGCCGGUUCUAACGGUUUUCAAACCAGCUUACCAAUUGACUGAGCUCUAUAGGCAGCCACCAAACGUGCGGGCCGUAAGGCGAAGAGCAAGGAUGCCCCUUCGUCAAGCGGCGGUCAACCCAAGGUUAAGAAGGCUGUAUUCGAAACAACAAAGAAAAAGGAAGUCGGCGUAACAGAUCUCACGCUGAUAUCAAAGAUAUCUAAUGAAGCUAUCAAUGAGAAUCUGAGGAAGCGGUUUGAGAACCGUGAGAUUUAUGUUUGUAUUCGGUAGUCUUGGAGCCUUGGAGUUGUGCUAAUAGGGGCAUCCAGACAUACAUCGGCCAUGUGCUUAUCUCUGUGAAUCCGUUCCGGGAUCUCGGAAUCUACACCGACCAGGUCUUAGCGAGCUAUAGAGGGAAGAAUCGACUGGAGGUUCCGCCGCAUGUGUUCGCUGUUGCGGAGAGCGCCUAUUAUAACAUGAACGGGUACAAGGAGAAUCAAUGUAUCAUCAUCAGGUAUGUGAAGCUCUUGGAAUGAAAGUUUUCCAGAAGGCAGCAGUGAGUCGGCUUGGCACAUGCGAUAAGAAAAAAGCAAAUUGAACGAGUCGUACUGGGCCGGGGAAGAAGCCAGUACGAAUGCUAACCAAUCUCUGCAGUGGUGAAUCGGGAGCUGGAAAGACCGAAGCCGCCAAACGAAUAAUGCAGUAUAUCGCCGCGGCAUCAUCAACAUCUUCGACGACGAUCCAAGAGAUCAAAGAUAUGGUUUUAGCUACCAAUCCUCUUCUCGAAUCAUUUGGGUGCGCGAAAACGUUAAGAAAUAAUAAUUCUAGCCGCCACGGAAAGUAUUUGGAAAUUCAGUUCAAUAGCCAAGGGGAACCUGUUGGUGCGAAUAUCACAAACUAUCUCCUUGAGAAGACAAGGGUUGUUGAACAAAUUAGAGAUGAGAGGAAUUUCCACAUCUUCUACCAGUUUACGAAGGCCGCUGGUCUAAAUUAUAGGGGUGAGGGCGGAUUUCCGUUUAUAGGGAUACGAUAUGUUAGAGCUUGCUAACAGGAAAAUAAUGAUAAUAGAAUCAUUUGGACUGCAGACACCGGAUACAUACCUCUAUACUUCCAAAUCAAAGUGCCUUGAUGUUCCAGGAAUUGAUGAUGUAGCUGAGUUCCAAGAUACUCUGAAUGCCAUGCGGGUCAUUGGAUUGUCUCAGGGGGAACAAGAUCAGAUAUUCCGAAUGUUGGCUGCCAUUUUAUGGCUGGGGAAUAUCCAAUUUGUUGAAGAUGAGCAAGGCAAUGGGGCGAUUAGCGAUUCAAGUGUGACUGAUUUUGUCGCAUAUUUACUCGAAGUUGACGGCGCUGCUGUGCACAAGGCCCUCACGACGAGAAUGAUUGAGACUUCCCGCGGCGGCCGGCGGGGAUCGGUCUACGAAGUUCCUCUCAACCCAACCCAGGCUACCGCCGUCCGGGAUGCCCUUGGGAAGGCGAUCUACCAAAACCUGUUCGAGUGGAUAGUUGACCGUGUGAACAUCUCCAUGAAGACUCGGGGAUUUAUUGCGCACACGAUAGGAAUUCUCGAUAUCUACGGAUUUGAGAUUUUUGAGAAUAAUUCCUUCGAGCAGAUUUGUAUUAAUUACGUCAACGAGAAACUACAACAGAUCUUCAUUCAACUCACCCUCCGAACCGAACAGGAAGAAUAUGCACGAGAGCAAAUCACAUGGACGCCGAUUAAGUAUUUUGACAACAAGAUCGUGUGCGAUUUGAUUGAAGAGAGGAGACCACCUGGGGUGUUUGCUGCCCUCAACGAUGCCUGUGCGACGGCUCACGCUGAUUCAGGCGCCGCUGAUGGAACUUUUGUUCAAAGGCUCAACAUAUUGGCGUCGAACCCACACUUUGAGAAUCGCCAAGGGCAAUUCCUCGUCAAGCAUUAUGCCGGAGAUGUCAUGUACACAGUUACUGGGAUGACGGAUAAGAACAAGGAUCAGUUGUUAAAGGAUCUUCUGGAUUUGGUGGGACAGAGCGGAAAUGCAUUCUUGAGAACGUUGUUUCCGAACCAGGUGGAUAGAGAUUCGAAGAGGCGGCCUCCGACAGCCAGCGACAAGAUCAAGGCAUCAGCAAAUGAUCUUGUCACUACCUUGAUGAAGGCUCAGCCCAGCUAUAUCCGAACGAUCAAGCCCAACCAGAACAAGAGCCCCACGGAGUAUGAUGUGCCUGCAGUAUUACAUCAAAUUAAGUAUCUAGGCUUGCAGGAGAACGUUCGUAUUCGAAGAGCAGGAUUUGCAUAUCGCCAAACCUUCGAAAAGUUUGUAGAGCGAUUUUAUCUUUUAUCGCCUAAAACUUCCUAUGCCGGUGACUAUACUUGGACUGGAGACGCACGUACAGGCACCCUUCAGAUCCUGAAAGAUACGAGUAUUCCGAAGGAGGAAUAUCAGAUGGGUGUCUCGAAGGCAUUUAUCAAGACACCUGAGACAUUGUUUGCACUGGAGACGAUGAGGGAUAGGUAUUGGCAUAACAUGGCAAUUAGAAUCCAGCGUGCCUGGAGGAACUACUUGAGGUACCGGGCGGAGUGUGCGACUAGAAUUCAGAGGGCUUGGAGAAAGAAGAGAGGUGGGGAUGAAUUUUUGAAGAUCAGAGACCAGGGGCACAAGCUACUCGGGGGAAGGAAAGAAAGGAGGAGAAUGAGUUUAUUGGGUAGUCGCAGGUUUAUGGGGGAUUAUCUUGGCAUAGCGAACGCGGGGAGUCGACUUGAGCCCAUUCGUGCACCUGCGGGAAUUGGGCCAGGGGAGAAAGUUUUGUUUAGCUGCAGGUCCCAGAUCCUGGUGUCCAAAUUAGGGAGAAGCAGCAAGCCGAGUCCUAGGAUAUUAGUGAUGGUGAGCUAUCUGCAUCGCGCUCCCCUCAUGAUCAGUAAAUGCUGACGAUUUAAUUCUUUAGACCAACAAAGCAAUAUAUGUCGUGGUGCAGGCAAUGGCCAACGGCCAAGUCGCGAUAUCCUCUGAGAGGACCAUACCGCUCGGAUCCAUCAAGUUUGUCAGUAUGUCUAGCCUCCGGGAUGAUUGGUUUUCUCUUGGGGUUGGUUCUCCUCAACAACCGGACACACUCGUCUCCUGCGUCUUCAAAACGGAGCUCGUAACACAUCUUCGGGCGGCUAUGCCCGGCGGGCUCGAUUUAAGGAUUGGGCCAGUGAUUGAGUACGCCAAAAAGCCUGGAAAGAUGGCGGCUGUCAAAGUUGUUAAAGACCCUGCAAUCCCGAGGGACGAUCUUUACAAGAGCUCUACUAUUCAUGUGGGGCCCGGGGAACUACCCAACAGUAUCUCAAGACCGACCCCUAAGGGGAAACCUGUUGCUGCUCGACCAGUGACUACUGGCAAACUUUUGAGGCCUGGCGGGCCCGGGGGCGGGCCAGCAAGAAAUAAAAAUCCUGUGAUGGCUGAAAGGCCGGUCCCACAACCUGUCCCACAGCCCGCUCCACGGCCAACACCCCAACCAAGCAUAACUCCAACUCCAAACAUAAACACCGGUGCAUCGCGCCCCGUCCCCCAAACGUCAGUUGCGCCGGAGGGUCGGGCAGUCCCUCAAAAUCUAAUUGCGGCUCUGAACACCCAUUCCCGCAAUUCUUCCACUAGUUCAGCGAGCCGUCUUCCCCCGCCGGCACCACCCGCACCUCCAGCUGCGCCUCCCCGCCUUGCGGACCCUACCUGUCGGGCUCUCUACGACUUCGCAGGCCAAACCGAAAAUGAGCUCUCUCUUUCCAAAGAUGAAGUAGUUAUAAUAAUUCGUAAGGAGGCCAAUGGGUGGUGGCUUACCAAAAAAUUGAAUUCUACCGAGCAAGGUUGGGCGCCGUCGGCAUAUCUUGAGGAAGAGGUUGCUCCUCCUCCUCCACCCCCGCCACCUCCACCACCUGUUGCACCUGUCGCACCUGUUGCACCUGCUCGGCCGGCAAAUGGGGCGGCUAGAGUGGCGGGCAAGAAGCCAGCGCCACCAACCCCUCCAGCAAAGAGGCCGGCUAUCGGAAGAAAACCUGUGGUGGUGGAGAACAGAAGCAGUAUUGCGGGAAGUACUACUAGUAGUAGCAGUGGGGCCGGAAGCUCUACAACAAGCUUUGCACCUGGCUUAGCGCAGGCUGUAAGUUUGCCCGAUAAUGCCCCGCCACAUGGAUACUAACAUAUGGUUCGUUAGUUAUUAGAUAGGCAGCAAGCCAUGAGAGGAGGGAAAAAGGACGAGUCUGAUGAUUGGUAGAUUUUCUUGAAUAAACUAUUUUUUGCGUUCCUUUCCUGCUUUUAGGUUUUGUAGUGAGAAGUUGCACUAAAUUCCACCCCCCGGUUAUUCUCCCUUAGCUCCGUUUUCAUUUCCCCCUUUUCAUUUCCCCCACAUAUAAAUAGAGAAAAGUCGGCUUUUGUUAUACCCGUAGCGUAGACUUGGGGUCAUCUUGUUUUCAGACUAUACUUUGUUUCUUGGUUUUCUACGCCACUCGCCCUAGUUCUGCAUCGGCUUGCUACUAAGGCGGGAGAGAGAGGGGAAUUUUCUGUUUCCACCGACGAUAAUUAUAUAUUUGGCUUGUAACUAUGG